GGAGAGGGUCAGCCUCCUGUUUGUCUUUGUACUAGGUACCAUGCAGACCCAACCAGAAGGAUAGAAACCAUCCAGGACCAGGCAGAUCAUACCCCAUUCAUAACAAACUCCAGAAACUUCACCAAAAGGGGUUGGGAUUGCUUUUUUCUGAACAACAAAGCCUAACAAUAGGUGAGGAAAACUCCACCAGACAAUCACAAUGUUAUCACAUUCUGCCAUGGUCAAAGAGAGGAAACAACAAGCAUCAGCCAUUAUGAAGGAAAUCUACGGCAAUGAGUCAGAUGGCCUAGACCUUGGAAAGAAAAUCAGCAUCCCCAGAGACAUCAUGGUGGAGGAACUAUCAGUACUCAGCAACAGAGGUGCGAGGCUAUUCAAGAUGCGUCAAAGGAGAUCUGACAAGUACACCUAUGAAAACUAUAAUUAUUUAGCAAAUAAGCAAAGGAAUCGUAGUGAACCUAUGCAGAGUGUUAAAAUGGAAACUAGCAGUGCCGAAGUUGGCCAUCAGCACGCACCAAUGACACCUCCUAAUACACCUGACCCACGGAGCCCACCAAAUCCUGAAAACAUUGCACCAGGAUAUUCUGGACCACUGAAGGAAAUUCCUCCUGAGAGGUUCAACACUACUUCUGUGCCAAAAUAUUAUCAGUCCCCCUGGCUAGAAGCCAUCAGCAAUGACCCAGAGCUGUUGGAGGCUUUAUACCCUAGACUGUUUAAGCCUGAAGCAAAGCCAGAGCUGCCUGACUACAGGAGCUUUAACAGAGUUGCCACUCCAUUUGGUGGUUUUGAGAGAGCAUCAAAGCUGGUUAAAUUCAAGGUACCAGAUUUUAAUCUACUGCUGCUAAAUGAUCCCAGGUUCAUGAUCCUCGCUAAUCCUCUUUCUACCAGGAGGUCCUUCAACAGGACUCCUAAGGGGUGGACGUCAGAGAAUAUUCCCAUAGUGUUCAUCCAGCCUUCGGAUUCCAACACUGUUCCAGAAACGGAUGACCUGUGAAAAGGAAGCUGUUGUUUUAUAUUUGAUACAAAAUGCUGAAAGCUGACCAUAAAAAUCAGUGUAUUAUUAUUUUGACUUUUAAUAGAUGCUCCUUGCAACAACCUCCAUUGGUAGCUGGAGUCUAAUAACUUCUGAUACAGUAUCACUUUUCAUGAGUUUAAUUUCAUCUAGAAAUCUAAUAUAAAUAAAAUAAUUUGGCAACUAUUCAUUGACA